AUGCUUAACUUCUGUACGAUAAUUAUUUUUCUUUUCAUCAACGAAAUAUACGAAAUCCAUGGCAAUGUUGAAGCUAAACUUCUUUUACAUCAAUUAAUGAAAGAUUAUAAUAAAAAUGUUUUACCAGUGCAAUCAGUAAAUCAAUUAGUAAAUAUGUCAUUAGGAUUAAAAUUAUCACAACUAUCUGAUAUCGAUGAACGAAAUCAAAUCAUGACAACAAAUGUUUGGUUGGAACAUGAAUGGACAGACUACAAAUUAACUUGGGAUCCAAAUCAAUAUGGUGGAAUUGAAGUUGUUGAAAUUCCAUCGUCUGAUAUUUGGGUGCCUGAUAUUGUUCUAUAUAAUAAUGCAGAUGGAACCUAUGAAGUUAAUACGAUAACGAAAGCGCAUGUUCAUUGGAAUGGAACAAUAAAAUGGAAUCCUCCUGUUAUUUAUAAAUCUUAUUGUCCUAUUAAUAUUCAAUAUUAUCCAUUUGAUAUACAAAAUUGUACAUUAAAAUUUGGUACAUGGACUCACAAUGGAAAUCUAGUUGAUCUUAAUCAUAAAUCAGGGCUAAUUCUUGUUGAUGUCGGCGUAGAUCUUACUGAUUAUUAUCCAUCAAUUGAAUGGGAUAUUCUUUCAGUUGCUGCUGUACGUCAUGUACUUAUUUACGAUUGUUGUAAAGAUGAUCCAUAUUAUGAUGUAACAUUCGCUAUAUAUAUUCGACGUAAACCACUUUUUUAUAUGGUUAAUCUUGUUAUUCCAUGUGUGAAUAUUGCAUUUCUCACUAUUCUUGUUUUUUGCUUACCUAGCGACUGUGGUGAAAAAUUAACUCUAUCUAUCUCGAUUUUUGUCGCACUUCAAGUUUUUUAUCUUCUUUUGAUUGAUCUUAUACCUCCAACAUCACUUACAAUAUCAUUACUUGGAACCUAUUUAUUUUUUACAUUAGUACUUGUCAAUGCAUCUAUAUUUAUAACAAUAAUAACAUUAAAUAUUCAUUGGCGUCAUCCAAAUACACACCAUAUGCCUAAUUGGGUUAAACGCUGGUUUUUUCAAAUAAUACCACCAUUUAUAUUUAUGGCAAAGCCACAUAUUGCUAAUGCUAUACUACAAACGGAAGACGAUCCCGGUAAAGAAGAACCCAUUAAUGGUGGCAAUAAUAAUCUAAACCGAUUAAAUAAUUACGUUAAAGCAAUAUCAAUUGAUAAGUAUCCACCAAUAAUUCAACAAGCAAUAAAAGAUAUUCGAUACAUUAGUGAAACACAACGUGAAUCACAAAAAGAUGAUUUGGAAAGAGAAGGCUGGCGAUUCAUUGCACUUGUUAUAGAUCGAUGUUUUUUAAUAAUAUUUAUUAUUUUAACAAUUACUGGUUCAAUUAUGAUUCUACUUUCUGCUCCAUCUAUACGUGAUAAAUCUGUCCCAAUAGAACGAUUAUAUUCACGUCAUUAUAAUUCACAAUUGAGUUAA